GUUGGAUUUCAGAAGUAUGUUCCAGCCUGAGAUCUCUGAUCACCUCCAGACUUGGCAUCUGUCACACCCGACAUUACAGACCAGAUGUCCUUUUAAGUUAUAAUCCAGUGUUCAAUGCCCCUAUUAGAGGCAGUCUCGUUUUAGCCUUUUAGGCUACUAGUACUUCUGCCUACCGUGUAUAUAGUGCUGUAGGUUGAGAUGUCUCCUAUCUUGCAAGCUGCUGCACUGAGUUUGCUAAAUUUUCUUUGGAAGCAAACUCAACAUAUAUUUGUCAAACUAGUAUUGAUAGCUUCUGCCACUUCAUUAGAAUUUCCUGCAUUGCAUAUAAGCUGCCCCUCUUUGUCUAUCAGUUCUUAAACCUCAUCACUCCCCAUCUUUCAUCUUUACCGCCUCUUUGUUUUCUGUUUUACCUAUUCUCUCAGGCAUGUUGUUGUAUAUUAUGAUACAGUCAGUCAACCAUGUACUUGAUUAAUUUCAAAACGUGAUGAGACUUGUUCAUUGUGCUCUGCAUGUAUUUGGAGCUUUCAGUGAAUGGAACCUAUUUGAUGUUUUCGCCAUUCUCUAUUUGGGCACUAGCUGAUGGAUCUCCACAUGAAACUUCUCCUGGCCUCCCUCAGCUGUGUUCUUCUGAUGCAGGCAGCAUCAUGUGAUGGCACCACGGGCGAAACUGUAACGACAAAUUGGACAUGUAUAUGUGCAGCUCAUCCGCUAGGUGAAUCUAACUCUAACAGCAGCCUGCUGUCCAAUUGCUCUUCGUCCUGCCACUGUCAACAAGAUGAGGAUGGUGGAACGGGGUCAUGGAACUGCACAUGUGCCUCUGACAAGACCCUUCUGAAAGAAGAACACGCUGUGCUACGUGAUAGGAGUUGCUUCACUUCCUGUAACUGCACAUCCGGAAGUUCAGAGGAAGGGAAAAGGCAUGUCUCCAGUAAAACGGUCAUAAUUACGCUCCUAGUGUGUGUGGUUCUCACAACUACUGCUUUCCUUGUCACCACCGUAUACUACUUUCGCCGCAAGGAUGCGCUCUCUCCCCGGUCACAGAUAUACUCCUUUGAUAAAUACACUAGCUGGAGCAGCAGAUCAUACCUUGUCAGCCAUCGAUCAUCUCCUCUUCCCCAACUGAAACCGAAACCGAGGCUCAGUGUUCUCAAAGAGUUUCUGUGUAGCUGCCCCAUCAUUUGUGGGGGUGAAAGUGGCACGUUCCCUGGUGUUAUCAUCCGGUUUUCGUACGCAGAGUUGGAGGAAGCAACUGGGAAAUUCUCAGAGGAGCAUCUUAUUGGAGUCGGGGGUUCAAGCAAGGUAUACCGAGGCCAGCUUAGCGAUGGCAAGGUUGUUGCCGUGAAGAAGCUUAGGCCCCUAGGAGGCGCAGAUGAAGAUUUCGAGUUCCUGUCAGAGAUCGAGCUGCUGUCGAGGCUGAACCACUGCCACGUGGUGCCAUUGCUGGGUUACUGCUCGGAGAUCCAGGGCCGGCAGCUGGAGAGGCUGCUGGUGUUCGAGUGCAUGUCCAACGGCAACCUGAGGGACUGCCUGGACCUGAAGCAAGGGAGGAAACCCAUGGACUGGCAGACCCGGGUGAGCAUCGCGCUCGGCGCGGCGAGGGGCCUGGAGUACCUGCACGAGGCCGCGGCGCCGCGGAUCCUCCAUCGCGACAUCAAGUCCACCAACAUCCUCCUGGAUGACAAGUUCAGAGCCAAGAUCACUGAUCUUGGCAUGGCCAAGUGCCUGAUGAACGACGGCGUGACGAGCUGCUCGAGCUCGCCGGCGCGGAUGCUGGGCACGUUCGGGUACUUCGCGCCGGAGUAUGCGAUCGUGGGGAAGGCGUCGCUCAAGUCGGACGUGUUCAGCUUCGGCGUCGUGAUCCUGGAGCUCAUCACCGGCCGGCCGCCCAUCCACAAGUCGUCCUCCACCAGGGCCGACGAGAGCCUCGUCAUCUGGGCGACGUCGCGGCUGCGGGACAGCCGGCUGGUGGUGGCGGAGCUGCCGGACCCGACUCUGGAGAGCAAGUUCCCGGCGGAGGAGAUGCAGAUCAUGGCGCACUUGGCGAGGGAGUGCCUGCAGUGGGACCCCGAGGCCAGGCCCACCAUGACCGAGGUCGUCCAGAUCCUCUCCACUAUCGCCCCGCCACUCCACGGCGCCAAGCGCCGGAACCUCCCCAUCGCCGCCGCCUUCAACCUCACGCCGUCUCCGCACGUAGGGAGGUGUGACCCAGAGCCCGUCGACAUCGAGGCGCCGCAGGAGUGCUCGACGGCGUCCUUCCGGUGGCAGCAAGAACCGUGCGCGCCGCCGCCGCCGGGCCGUGCGUCGUGGCCCGGCGACAGGCACAAGGGCGCGGCGAGUGGCGGUGCGGUGGUGUCGGGCGAGCUGGUGAACGGGAUGCUGCUGAUGAGCCCCCACGGUCGGAGCAGCUGGCGGCCGCCGCCGGGCGACGAGGAGGAGGAGGAGGCGGUGGACCUGACGGAGCCCCGGCUGGAGACGUUCACGCAGCCAGCAUUGUUCAGAUGAUAAAGUGAAUUCCUGGUAGGAGAUAGUGAUGCGGCGGUGCCAUUAGCAAUAAGCUCGAGGCCGGGGAGGACUGCAUCUUGUUCGUGUCCUCACCAUCCACACUGCAUCUCUGCAUCUGCACCCAUGAAUGUACAGUACAGAGGCAAACGCCAUUAGAUUGAGAAAUGAAACAAAAUGUUAGUGAGGUCA